CUAAUUUGAAAUUGCGCGAUUUUUGUUUAUCUUUUUUUCCCAUUUUUAGUUUAGUUUUUCCUAAAUAAUAAUAGUACGAUCCCCCGAUAUGGACUUCAAUAGUAGUACCUACGAUCAGAAGUAUUUCAACUUCACAGCAGCACAGCUUUCAGCAGAGCGCGAACAUAUAGUGCAGGAUAUCAUCAAGAAAGGCGCUAGAAGGAUCAUAGACAAGAUAAAGACCCCCGCAACAGCGGAUUUAUUGGAGGCCCAAAAGGAAACCGUAGAGCGUCGUUUCCUGGCAUCCGCAUCCAAGGGUCUAAUGGCCCUGAGAGAACUGGACAGCAAGGUGUUCCACGUUCCACCGCACGUACUCCUUCCGGAACACAUGUUCUUCGAGAAUCAGUUCACCAGCGAGGAGGAAGAGCAGAGGACAGCCAAGCUGGAGGAGCUGAAGGCCAAAUAUCGAGAGAACAUGGCUAUGCUGGCACACCUGAAAAUCGAAGAGGAAAAAUACGCCGCCAUAGAUGAUCUCUGUCAGAAAGAGAUUGAAAUGCAGAACCGUGUCCAAAAGAACUGCUCCUCCCUCAAUGUGAGCAAGCUGAAACAAUAUUGCACCCAAGUUCAACUUAAAAAGCCAAACUAAGACUUGGUUAAUUCAAAUUAAUAUGUUACAUCAUUUUUUAGAUAUACCUUUUUUAAAUUCAAACCUUCAAAUGAUAACCUUACAACACGAUUUUAAAAAGGU